GACUUUUACCACAAAUGGGACGGUUUUAUCGUGUGUCGUCCAAUGCGACUGCGGCGGGAAGGGAUGUAGGGACAGUGCUUGGUGAGAACGGCUGCCACGUUCAUUACUUUUCUCACGACAGUUUAUCGCACGGCAGCAUAAACCCCGACAGUAGUAGUAGUAGCACUGGGGAGUGACGUGCGUUGGGUGGCACCAACAACAACAACCACAACGAUGCCGCACCCUUGGGGAGGUGUAAUUUUCCUCCCCAGCGCCAAAAAAAGAGAUAAAUGGCAGACCAUUUCCGUGAGGAAAAACGGAACGAACGUCGAGACACAACGCAACUUGGCAAGACCAAAAUUUGAGAGCUUUAUUCGUUGAACCAUUUUCGGACUGGUUAGAUCGCGCUACGGUUUAGUUCCGGGUGUACUACACGGCUCCACGCGCCACGCGGACCAGAGAAGCUGAUUAGUGCUUGCAGUGAGAUUGAGCGAUUUUUCUGGAGAAGUCGAAUUAUUCCUAAAAGCCGAAGCAAAAGGUAAGUAAAACCACAUGAUUGUUUGUCUGUAUGUGUGCGUGUGCGAUGAGUUUUCCCACUUAUUUGCAUAAUGCUUAUCGACAUCAUAUCAUUAGCGAGUGAGUCAUGCAGCAACCGUUUGGAGUGAUUAAUGUGGACCAUAUGUUUGCUCUUCAUAUCGAAAAUCCGCGUUCGUUUGUCGAAUAAGUUUGUGUGUCGUGUGUGUGUCGUGUAUGAUCAUUAUAAAAAGGGAAAUUAUUCAUCAUCGACGGAGAGAUAGAGAUAAUUCAAAUCUUUCUUGUGAAUUGAGUGCACAGCGUAUGCAAUCCUUUUCUCCUUGUGGCUCGAUCCGAUUUUUCACGCCCUUUCCCUCCGGGAAAUUCUUUUCCACCAGGUCAGGGCCAAGGCUAUUUUGUGCUGAUGCAACGUUUUUCCGAAUCGAUCUUUUCGAAACAAUUUAAUGCCUUUGAAAGCUUCCCCCAAUCGGUGCCGUUUCGUUCGUGGUGUAGAAUGGAUGGAAAGACAUAAAUUAUGCAUCCAUUCCCUUCCCUUGGCAUAUGCCCUCCAGCUGAGACAACAGGACAGUGUCACGCAUGGCGCAUUUUUUCUCCCUAUACCCCGCGUCCCAGAGCGUCUAGAUCCUAUCGGCCGGAUAUCGAUUGGAGCGAACAGAAUGCCGACACUGAUGAUGGGUUGCGAUAUUGUUUCUUGCGCACGUGCAGCAACGCUUUUCCGGUUGUCUCUGGACGACCACGGCACAGAGACGAACAGGGACAAGACGGCAUUAGUACAUUAGGUCAGGAGGGGUGGGAUAUAAAUGCACUUACCUGAGGGCUUGGCCCCAACCGGUAAAAGGUGAAAAAUGGGAUUUUAAGUAUCGAAAAUGUCCACUCUCUUCCACCAACGAUCCAACUAUUGCUAUGCAAAGGGUGAUGUGUAAUAAAGGUAUUAGCGCUGUGUGUGUUUACCAUCCCCCACCCCAUACUCACACUCACACACAACGGGACACACUGGCGGCUGACAGUACAUGCAUGCAUCAACGGAACUAGAUUAGUCAGUCAGCAAGGCGCUCGCUCAUACCUUCGCACACCGGCAAAGGCAAUUUCGAAGAUCGCUUACAGAUACAGAUUCAUCGCAUGCCACAGUAUGGAGUGGAGCAAGGUCACUUCUUCCCCCCCUUUCCCAUUAGCGAUUAGAGUGGGGGGACAGGGCGGCAAGGCAUUGGAUACAUUAUGAGUAACGCGCCACCGGCGGCGACGGCAACACCACCACCACAAACGCUGCUGCGGCGGCUUGUUGCGCUGCUGCUGGUUGCAGUUUUGUACACUGGAACUGGUUUCUUCAUUCAGCGUCAGUGCUCUGGUGAGAUCGGAUCAGCUCGAACGGAGUGACCGCUACAAGGGAAAUAAAGUUUCUUAAACAGUGAAGAUCUGUGCAGUGUAGAAAGGAGUAGAAGCAGAACAACCAACCAUCUUCGAACGCGCAACAAACGAGCAAUCGUUUAUUUUACUUGCUGGCGGUUACCAUUGUGUAAAUAUUGUGUUUUUUGUCCAUUCUUUUAGCACAAAUUUUAGCACAAGAUCACACUACAAUCACAAAGCGAUUGCAAGAAUAUUGGAGUCUAAUUCCAUAUUUUGUAUCUGACUCACUGGCUCUCGUUGGCGUCCUGCUGCUGCUGCAUUCACCGUGCGUGUUUUGUUCAUCGUUCGCAACAUCAGCUAUGACCUUCACGGGCGUUACGUUUCACGGUGGAAUGAUUUGUGUGCGAGAAGGGAAGCGUGUAGAAGACAACAGCCCCGCGUGUACAGUUAGCGUCGGCACAAGAAAAUGAUCAAGAAUCAAACGCAUAUCGAAUCGAAAAUCCGUCCUAGUUCGUCGCUCUGAUGAUCAUCUCGAUCAAAGAGUAAGCAAACGCACCACCGAAGAGAAGUCAACGAAUGGUGGCAAAUGGUGGAAGAAUGCUCGGAAGAACUAGUCCCCAAGCAGAUGGCACCUCAUGGUCGUCAUUAUUUAAUUGAACUGGCAAACCCGCCGAUUAGCCCGUGCCGAGAGAAGCGGAUUAAUUAACGAGCUUUUCUGCGUUUGGUAACGGUUGGAUGGGUUAUAGCAAGUUUAAAUCCACCACCCCAUGUGCCAUGCUCGUGUACGAGUGUAAUGGAAUAUCGGAAAUUCCAUUAGCAAAUCACACAGUGUCGUAGAAUUGCUAAUUUCCGUAGACAGGCUAUUUGUGUGUUACUCAUGGGUAGAAUUACUCAACCGAGCCGUCCCGUCCCCCCUAUGUAUGUGCCUGUAUUACCAUUUGUAGCAAAAUGACGCACUUUAGAUGACACCAUUUAGAGCGAACUUGUCAACUACUACCCGCCCCACGCUGUGUUGCACAAAAGCACCCCUAUCAUUAUUUAAUUCAUCUUCGGAAAUGGAGGUGUGUUUCUCAAUGGAAAAAAGUGUAAACAAACGCCACGGUGGGGUGUUCCUUCGCACCCUCACACAAGCCAGGGAUCUUAAGUAAUAGGGGAUAAGCGGCAGCUUUAUUGAUCGCUUUCACCCUCUCCCCCCAGUACUACGGCACAAGAAGCCGACUCUAACACAGCUCUCUGAUUAAAAAGGAAGAAACAUUCUGAAGGGUCUCUCUUGUUUGAGGGGAAAAAUCAGUGCCCCCAAACACACAGACUGACCACCAGCACCAGGCUCUGACCUAUUGCUCCACUGACCACGCGUAGCAGCAGUAGUGGCUCUCUGUUGACCGGUGGAUUUAAACACGCCAGGCUUUCCUUCUCCCUAGAAUUCACAUUUCCAUUUUCACUCUCCCGCCAACACACAUGCUCGUGCUGCUAUGCAGAGGAGGUCCUUUUAUAUGCCACAUGCUCGCUCUCUCGCGCCACGGCGGCCCUAUUUGCGGUGGCAGAAAGGACGAAAUACCGACACUGCUGUAGUGUUAUGCGAAUAAGUCACCAUCACCACCACCACCACCAGGAUACACGGCGGCUGGUAAAGGCGGAGUAAACAGGCCAACACAGCGAUUCCACCAGUCCAGUUUGUGCCUUCGCCGCAAUCGCAUUAGGGAUUUGUUCGCUUCCGCUUGCGAUUCCACGGUUUCACGGUGGUGUGGUGUAAUUACGGGUACAGUUGGCAAUUUUCGGACAGUGCAAUGAAAUCUGUGCAUACGGUGCGGUGGAAAACUCAUCGGCUGGCGACGGUUAACAUUAACUAGAAGAAAAAAAAACAAUAAGCGGUCAAACUUUUGUCCAUAAAUCCGUCCAGCGACGGAAGGAGCUCGGACAAAGUUCAUCGAACUUGCGCAAGAUCUACGCAUCCUCGUUUGAAGUUGCGGUUGCGGAAAGCGGGAAUCUCUCGAACUACUACUAAACUACCUCACCCUUUGACUCACGUUCCUUUUCCCGUAACAACGGUACCCAUCCGUAAUUCCCCAACGUUGACUAAUAUAAAUUCGUCACCGUGGAGUUCACAACACUGUACCUUAAAUUCCCAUCGACCAGCACCACCAUGCGGGCAAUCCACCGGUUCAAUCAUCGUAUUCCGCUCAAGAUGGCACAUCGCCCCGUCAGUGCAAUGUCUCGUCAAGAAUCUGAAAUGAUCAACCGUAGCCGUCGUGCUCUGUCCUCGGGCGCGCUGACCGACUCGAUCGAGAAGCUGCGACACAUGUGCCUUGCCCGUGGUGCCUCGGGUAUCCUGGGACUGGGACGCUGUUUCCGCCGCAUGGACGACGACGGCAACAAGCAGCUGAAUCUGGAAGAGUUUAUCAAGGGUCUGCACGACACUGGGCUGGACAUUUCGGCCGAGGAAGCGACAGAAAUGUUUAACAAAUUUGAUACGGACGGUAGCGGUUCGAUUAACAUGACCGAGUUUUUGGUCGCGAUUCGUCCAAACAUGUCCGAGUCCAGAGUCAACAUUGUGCAGCAAGCUUUUGCAAAGCUGGACAAGACCGGCGAUGGAACGAUAACGAUCGAGGAUUUAAAGAAUGUGUACUCUGUGAAGAACCAUCCACUGUACAUCAGUGGAGAGGAGACGGAGGAUGUCAUCUUGCGGAAGUAUUUGGCAAACUUUGAGGAGAACGGCAAUGUGGACGGCUCCGUGACCAAAGAGGAGUUCCUCAACUACUACGCCGGAUUGAGCGCCUCGAUCGAUUCGGAUGCGUACUUUGACCUGAUGAUGCGCCAGGCGUUCAAACUGUAGACACGCCUGUGCCGUUUACGUACAACUAAUAUUUAAUCGUACUACUCCCCCAUGGCCCAUUUUUUAUGUACCCAGCAUACAUCUUAUGUAUUAGAUUGGUUCGAUCAAACGACUACCGGAAGUGAUUCCGAGUUUUUACACACACACAUACACCACUCUUAACUACUACUGCCUUGAGAGAUGAGCAGCAGGAGCAAGAUGAACCAAAGUGAGGAAACAGGAAAACUCCUGCACGCCGGGAAGUCGUCGUGGCGAGCAGCUGAUGAUGAAACUGUGCUGCACCCGGAAUAAGAAAGACACGCAAACGUUUUCCGAUUGUUGUUGAAACACAAAUCAAUGCACAAGUGUUUACUUAACGAUUAAUAAACAUACAGUUUUAUGUUUCCGAGUGAAAA